ACAGUUCGAGGAGAUUUGCCACCCGUACACCCGCUACUGCCUGGACCAAAACAACAGCAAGCUGUACUGUAAAAACCUGGCGCGCAGCAACGGCUUGUUUAACGGUUACCUCGCGUGGUGUGAAACGCAGAAGGACUGUAACCGACUGCGGCUGGUGGACAUCCUUGCGAAGCCUUGGCAGCGACUCACCAAAUACUCGCUGCUCCUCAAGGCCAUUCUGAAGAAGACCGAGCCGGCUGAGGAGCAGGACAUGCUCCGCGAAAUGAUCCAGGACGUGGAUAUAUUCGUGGGCAGCGUAGACGGAUCCUUGCGUAGCCGGCACGAACAGGAACGGCUCAGCGAGAUUAUCGGCAGGAUUGACAGCUACGACUGUGUGGAUACCAAGGACGACGAGCUGGAGCGGGCGACGCGGCCGCACCUGUCACUGGACCUCACCUGCCCCAUGCCAGGCUGCGGCGAGACGCACCGGCGCUACCUGCUAUUUGAGGGCGAGCUGAAGCUGCGCGACCACGUCACCUCAAAGGUGGAAGUGCGCUGCUUUCUCUUCACGGACAUGCUGCUCGUCUGCAAGCCGCUGACGAAGAAGGGCGACAAGGUGCGCGUCAUACGGCAGCCUUACGUCAUCGACCGCCUGCUGGUGCAGGAGGCGGCCAAAGACGCGGCGCUGCUCUGCGUCUACCUCAACGAGUAUCAGUCGGCCACGGCGGCGUUCACGCUCUACUGCUCCGAGGCCAAACACUGCAAGAGCUGGGUGGACUGGGUGAAGAAGGCGCAGGAGAAGUAUCGUGAGGCUCGCCUGGCUACCAUCAACCAGGAGUACGUGUUCUACGACGACGAUGACGAGCUGGAGCUCCCGGCCAGUGCCUUGCUGACUUCGCGCAGUCCACGGGGCAGCAGCCGGACCAGCCGCGUCCCCAGCCUGAUCCACUCACACAGCAGUUCGAUGGACAACAGCGACCCGAGCGGCGCGUCGAGCGUACUAACGGUUCAGACGAGCCCCGCCAGAGCGGUGCUGGCGGCGGCCGAGGAGCGGCUGAACCUUCCCGAGCGCUCCUCGUCGGAGGACAACCCGUCUGCCAAGCUGAAAGGCUCGCUCAGCCCUCGGGCAGAGAGGCGGCCGAUCCUGCGCUCGGUGGGCUCGACGCCGAACCAGUUGUCGGUGCUGACGCACCUGACGCCGGCCGGCCAGUCGCUGCCCAACCUGUCGGCCGAGGUGGCGCAUUCGCUGUCGGUGCCACCGCAGCGGACGCUCAAUCCGGCGCAGCGCGGCGUGACGUACCCGCCGCUGUCGCCACGCACUCUGCGCCGCAGUCCGGCCGUGCAGCCGCCGCCACCGCGCAACCCACCGCUGUCACGUGCCCAUCACGUGACGGCCGACGGCGGCAGCUCACCACCGCCGCCGGCGCCCUCGCUGCCGCCGCCUCCGCCGCCACCGCCGGCCGCCGCCAACCCGGGCGCGACCGCCGAGCCGGAGGACACCGAGGUGGACGGCGACGGUCGCAGUCGGCGGCACUCGCGCGACCGCCUCGAGAGUCGUCGCUACCACACGGCCGGUGCCAUCGAGGACAUCAAGAAGCAGGAGGCCCGGGACGCCAGCAUACACAAGCGCCUCUCGUGGAACUGUGGGCAGCAGCAGCCACCGCCGCCGCAUAUGGGACGGCAGAGCCAGGCGCUCAAGGGCGGCCGACACGGCACCACUUGCCUCAGCUCCGACAGCGUGCACAGCAGCAGUGGUGUGAGCAGCGUCAACAGUCUGCAUCUGAGCAUUGGCUCAGAGUUUGAGGAGGGGCUGCUCGGCGAGGACCUUGACGAGGCGCUGACAGCUGAGACGGAAGAGAGCCAGACGAUCGUGGAGGCGACGAAUCUGGCGCAGCGUUUGAAGCUCAGCCCACACAUAUCGACCACGUACAUCUCGGCCGACGAGCUGAGCUGCGCCGGCGUCUCAUGUGUCUCGUCCAGCGUACAAAACACGGAGAGCGGUGUCAAGAUCGACAUUUCGGAGGCGCCGGACGGCGUGCUCUCGCGGGUACAAAUCACCGUCAACGACGGCUCGCCGGCGGGCGCGGCGGCGGCCGACGCCGACGCCGACGCGCCGCCCGCCAGCCCGGCCGACCAGUGGAACCAGUUCGAGUUUCUGCUCAGCGACAACACUAUACGAGCAUCGGACGUAUGAGAUAAGGAGCACCUAAUUUAGCUAGCGUAGCGUCCUUGCGGCCGCACCGGCGGCUGCCUGGCCGCAUCCACCGCGCCGACUCCAAAGUUUCGCUGUGAUAUGACCUUGUUUGUUUUAUUUUCCGAGCCGGCCGCCGGCGCGAGCGCGGCGCCGCGCAGCGAGCCGUCGUGUUGCGUGUCACCGGGACCGGAGGUGUGCGCGGGCGAGGCCC